GGAAAUGGAAGUCUGCAGGCGGAGGAUAAGAGAUUGAGCGAUGAAUGUGGAGCUUUGGUUUUGUCUGUGAGGAAACGCUUUAAAGGAAAUGUCUCUGUGAACUUUUUCCGCACGCCGCAUUUCAGUCGCGAAACGUAAAUGGGACAAAGCGCGGGCAGAUUCCCCUCAGAUAUAAAUAUAUUUAUUUGAUCAGAUGAGCAGCCUCAGUAAGUACAGCGAACGGACCGAAAACACCAACAACCUCCAUCCCAGAGCUGUCUCUCCUCAGCCUGUGACUGCUGCACUACAGCAUGUAGACAGCAGUGCAUUCUCCUGCAGCCUUUGCAAAUGAAAAUGGAGGACGUCUCUCUGUCCAGUAUGGACAACAGUAAGAUGGAGGGCUUUGCUCAAGAGAUCCUGUCUGACCUGGUCGAAGAUGCCUGUUUGGGUCUUUGUUUCGAGGUGCACAGGGCUGUCAAACAGGGAUACUUUUUCUUGGAUGAUACAGACCAGGAGAGUAUGAAAGACUUUGAAAUCGUGGACCAGCCUGGUGUAGACAUUUUUGGGCAAGUGUACAACCAGUGGAAAAACAAAGAGUGCGUGUGUCCCAACUGCAGCCGCAGUAUUGCCGCUUCUCGCUUCGCUCCACACCUGGAGAAAUGCCUCGGGAUGGGUCGUAACAGCAGUCGCAUUGCCAACCGCAGGAUUGCAAGUGGCAACAACACAAACAAAUCAGAGAGCGAUCAAGAGGACAAUGAUGAUGUAAAUGACAACGAUUGGUCUUAUGGCGCAGAAAAGAAAGCCAAGAAGAGAAAGUCAGAUAAGGUAUUUUUACAUUCUUUGAAACAAGCUGUACCCUUGAAUCCAAAUUCACCAAGAAGAUCCAAAUCAAUGAAACAUAAAAGUGCUUUGCUGGGUCCUAAACGUCGUGUGGAGAACCAGGAUAGCUCCUGCGUGUUGCUAAGAGACGAAACAUUUUCCCAGUAAUGCUGUUGGAAGCAGAAUCCACUUGCUACCCACGGUGCUCCACGGUUUACCUAAGGCAGGAUUGUGUGAGCUGAAAUACGCUGAUAAACGGAGGAGAUAUGGACUGAUUCUUCUGACACUCAGUUUACAUUAGUUUUUCUCAUUUCUACAUUCUUUUUUCAGGAAUAUUUGCACAGUUGCUCAUGGCUGGUCUCUUUAAACCGACACACAUAGAUUAGAGGAACUUGCGCAAUUCUCUCAGGGAGGAAGUAAGAACUCAUCAUCUUAUUGGCAGGCAGAAAGAGCUGAGCAUAGAGUCAUAGAUGCUGGGCCAGUUGACCUCUCUUAUAAGAAACGGGAUUCGUUCUGAAUGAAACAGUAUAUAAUUACACAUCCUCACACGUGCCCUUCCAUUCUAGGGGAUGUUGAAACAAUUACUAAACAUUGUGCAAGAAUAUUAGCUUAAAAAUCAAUAUUAGUAAUCAGUGUCAGCAAUUUUGCAUCAGGUUACUUACUAUACAGUUUGUUCAUAUCAAAUUAUUAUUGUUAUUAUUAUUGAAAAUCAUGAUUUAGUAGAUUCAUUUAUUUUCUCUGUAGUUCCAAUAGCCAAAGUGUGGUACCGUUGUACUAUAUUUCACUAGUUCAAUAGCACGUUAUAAUAAUACUACAUUUAUCGUGGUAAGUUAUUGGUUACAGAGAGAACACAGGUUAUCGUAAAUCUCAAAAAAAGAACCAAUCAAGACUUGAGAGUAUCUUUAUUAUUGCAAUUGGUUUCUUUUCUUUUUGUAUUUCACAUGUAUUAGAUGUUUACAGUGUAAGGUGUCUUGUGUUGUCUCACUUUGUGUGUAACUGUGUAUAUAUAUCUGACUAGAUGAAAGAUGCUGCUAUCCUGACCAUGAGCCACUGGCUUAUGGGUUUAUGGGCAUGUAAUAAAAGAUCUCUGAACACGC